AACUGAACAAAGGAAAUGGCGGCCACACCAAAAGCAACCGGCUCGGCCGGUGCUGCCGCCGCGGAGACUGGGAAACGUUCCCUAAAAUGGCGGACAGCGCGAACGCAGGCGCGGGCCGGGCUGGCCGAGGCGGGGUGGGGCGGGGCGUCCGCUCACGGCGGCCAGCGGCGGCGACGGGGCGGGGUGGAGGCGCCGACUGUCCCCAUGGCGGCUGCGCCGGAGGCCGGGGAGCCCGGGGAGCCCGGGAAGGGGAAGCCCUUUAAGCUCCUAGGAAUUUUAGAUGUUGAAAACGUCCCCUGUGCACGGGAUUCGAUAUUGUAUGGCUCGUUAGGAUCUGUUGUGGCUGGCCUUGGACACUUUUUGUUAACUAGUAGAAUUAGAAGAUCAUGUGACGUUGGAAUAGGAGGAUUUAUCUUGGUGACUUUAGGAUGCUGGUUCCAUUGUAGGUAUAAUUAUGCAAAGCUAAGAAUCCAGGAAAGACUUGCCAGAGAAGGAAUUAAAAACAAGAUUUUAUAUGAAAGUACCCACCUUGAUCCUGAAAGAAAACAAACCAACAGCACCAGCAGCAGCAAUUGAGCAGUCUUGAGCACAGAAAACCCAGAUACAACUCACUUCGGUGGGAACAAAGCCGAGAUCAACUAUAGAAAGCAUUUUAUAUACCAUAAGGCUUUCAACCAAGUAAAUAAAGUAUGUUAAGUUGUAGUCUUUUUUACAUGUGUAUGAAUAUUUACAAACUUAUUCUGGCCCUAUAUCUACUGUCAGUAUAGCACACAGUGGACUCACACUUAAAAUAAACCUCGUGUUUAACAUGCUUAGAAAAGUUUCCUUAUAGUAAGUAGUGAGUACACCUGACGUUUCAAGAAAUAAAAUCUCAGUUCGAUGUUAAAACUUGCCUUGAAAACAAAAAUCACAACUGUAUUACUGUACCCUGUUAAAAAUGAGGGGAUACUUUCUGAUUUCUAAAGCCAGUGAUGUUAUAUCAGACUUAAAACUAAUGGGUCACUUUGCAAUUGUUAUUUUAAAAAUGUACCCAUUGCUUGAUCCUAUUCUUCCACUUCAACAGGUGAGUCAUCUCUCAGAAAGGAAAGGUGGUUUUUAGGUGCUCUAAAUAUUUUUUUGGUGUAUGCAGGGUUUUUAUUUUUAAGUAGAACUUAAAUAUGUACAUGGCACACGUAAAAAUAUUUUCAGAAACUUGUUUGGUGCAAAGGAAAAUACUGCAGAAUUACACACAUAUUGUUCUAUUAAUGUAAAGACAUUUAUAAUUCAAUUGGCUGCCAUUUAAAAAAAGCACCCAACACCCAACUAAGUCCACAGCAUUUACUCAUUCAUUCAUCAUUUUUGGUUUAGUAAAUAUCAACAUUACUUAAAACACAGGCUUAGAGACCUUUCUGGUUAAGGAAUGGUAAGUAUGAAAGAAGACACCAGUGGAUAGGAUUAUGGCAUUAUUACUGGUCCUACUGAUUAUCACGGGUGAGCUAAACAGAUCAAGGAAGAGAUGUUUUGAAACUUUAUUUUGUUCUAAAUCCGUUUUCAGGAUAGGUAGGGGCCUGCUCCAGUUCACAAGAGCAGGUAGCAUUUUCCCUCCCAUGCUCACCUUUUUAUGGCUGUCAUUAUGAGGGUUAGGGUACACAAGCUAUAUGGUUUACCAAAUGCCCUAUCAUGAGUGACACUGUCAAGCAUAUAUGUUCUAAGAGAUUGUUAUUGAUCCUAAUCAUCUGGCAGCCACCAAAGGAAAGACUUGGACAUUAACAAGGGAAGGUUAUUAGAAAAGAGAAGCAAGUUUUUGCAAGAUCAUCUGCCUGCUGUUACUGACACAAAUCGAAGCUGAGUGCAGUCUAUAUUAUUCAAAUUGAUCUUAAACAAUUAUGUUAAAAACUCCAUGUGACAGUCAGUCAUGUUUUAAAAGGCAUGAGUUGGGGUGGGGUGGAGGAAUUGAUAAGUACUAAUCAAAUUUGAUAUUUAACAAACUGUGCAGGCCACUUAUGUUCUCAGCUUCAGUUUGAUAAUAUGUAACAUAUGAAAUCAGGCAAAUGGAUCAAGUAAGUCAAGUCCCUUCCAGCUCUAGCACACUAUUAUUACAUCUUACCCUGAGUAAGAGAAAAAUCUCUCAGCUGGUAAAAAUUUCCAAGGCCUUCAGUAAUAACAAGGUUAGUUCAUUUUCACAGCAGAAUGACUGCAUAAAUUGGAGAC